CGCCCGCCCCAGUCUGCGGGCUCCGAGGCAGCGGCGGGGCUGGCGAAGCGCGGCGCAGGGGACAAGAUCAGGGCAGGAGGGAACCGGUCAGCCGGGAGAGCCCCCCGCACACCUAGCAAGAUGCUGUCCUGGCGGCUGCAGACGAGGGCCGAGAAGGCCGAGCUGCAGGAGCUCAACGCCCGGCUCUACGACUACGUGUGCCGGGUGAGGGAGCUGGAGCGCGAGAACCUGCUCCUGGAAGAGGAGCUGCGCGGCCGGCGCGGGCAGCAGGGCCUGUUGGCCGAGGAGCAGGCCCGCUUCGCCCAGGAGGCUCGCAUCCUGCGGCAGCAGCUGGACGAACUGAGUUGGGCCACGGCGGUGGCCGAGGGCGAACGCGACGCGCUGUGGCGCGAACUGCUGGAGCUGCAGCGGCUGGACGCGGAGGCGAGCACCGCCCGCGGCCGCCUGGAUGCGGAGCUGGGCGCCCAGCGGCGGGAGCUGCAGGAGGCGCUGGGUGAGCGAGCCGCCCUCGAGGCGCUGCUGGGCCGGCUGCAGGCUGAGCGCCGCGGCCUCGACGCGGCCCACGAGCGCGAUGUGCGGGAGCUGCGCGCGCGCGCCGCCAGCCUGACCAUGCACUACCGAGCCCGCGCCGGCGGCCCCGCCGCGCCCCCGCCGCGCCUGCGGGAGGUGCACGACAGCUACGCGCUGCUGGUGGCCGAGUCGUGGCGGGAGACCGUGCAGCUGUACGAGGACGAGGUGCGCGAGCUGGAGGAGUCGCUGCGGCGCGGCCAGGAGAGCCGGCGCGAGGCCGAGGAGGAGGCGCGGCUGUGCGCGCAGGAGGCGGACGGGCUGCGGCGCGAGGCCAUCGAGCUGGAGCAGCUGCGCGCGCGGCUGGAGGACGAGCUGCUGCGGAUGCGCGAGGAGUACGGGCUGCAGGUGGAGGAGCGACAGAGAGUGAUAGGCUGCCUGGAGGAUGAGAAGGAGGCUCUCACCUUGGCCAUGGCUGACCGACUGCGAGACUAUCAGGAGCUUGUGCAGGUGAAGACUGGCCUUAGCCUGGAGGUGGCGACCUACAGGGCCUUACUGGAAGGAGAAAGUAAUCCAGAGAUAUUAAUCUGGACUGAGCAUGUUGAAAAUAUGCCGCAAGAAUUCAGAACAUCCUAUCGAUACACUGACUCACUAUUACAGAGGAAAAAUGAAAGAAAUCUACUUCCAAGGCAGAAAGCACCGUCAGCUGUAAAUCACAGCUCAGCUGUGCAUUCUAAUGCAUUAGGGCAGCUUGGAUCUCAGACAACCACAACUGGAAGUGCUGCCCGAAGAGGGUUCCUGACCUCUGAAUAUUCUUCCUUGGCUAAGACCCAGCAGGAGAACACCUAUGAGAAAACUGUCAGCAGUCAAACUGUCUCUCCAACCCGUGGUCUUAUAAGAAACAGUGACGCUCAAGUAAAAACACUCCCCAGUAGACCAAAAACCGAAGUCACCAGGGACACCCCCACUCAUUUAACCAAAGAGUCCACUGUUGUCCAAGAGUCAUACCAAGACCGCCGAGACAACAGGGCAGGUGCUGCAGAGAGUACUCGGUCAAAUGAGAGGACUGUCAUUUUGGAAAAGAAAAUAGAAGUGAAAGCCACCAAAGAGCAAGAAAGAGAUAGAUCAGGAACCAUCAAAAUAAAGUCAGAAGAGAAGAUGUUUGAUUCUAAAGAGAAGGCUUCAGAGGAAAGAAACUUAAGAUGGGAAGAACUGACGAAGUUAGAUAAGGAAGCAAGGAAAAGAGAAAGCCAGCAAAUAAGAGAAAAGGCCAAAGGGCAGGAAUCAUUGAAGGAGAAAGAAGUGAAAGAAAGGAAGACACCAAUUAGUCUAGAAGUAUCCCAGAGUGGCCGACCAGAAGUUUCCCCAAAAGGUUUGCAAUCACCUGAAAAGAAGGAUGCUGGUGACAGCAGGAGUAGAGAGGCUGUCACAAGAGAGACAAGGUUCAGGUUGGACACCAGUGACACUGCCAGCUCUCUGCAAGGCAGUUCCAUGACAGAAACCAUUGCAGAAAACAUCGUUACCAGUAUCCUUCAGCAGUUUACCCAGUCUCCUGACACAGAGGCAUCUGCUAAUUCUUUCCCAGACACAAAAGUCACUUACGUAGAUAGGAAAGAGCUUCCGGGUGGCAAGAAAACAAAGACAGAAAUAGUCGUGGAGUCUAAACUGACCGAAGAUAUAGAUGUUUCUGAUGAAGCUGGCCUGGACUACCUUUUAAGCAAGGAUGUCAAGGAAGUAGGGCUGAAAGGGAAAUCAACCGAGCAGAUGAUAGGAGAUAUGAUUAACCUUGGUCUGAAAGGAAAGGAGGGGAGAGCAAAGGUUGUCAAUGUGGAGAUUGUUGAAGAGCCCAUGAGCUACGUAGGAGGGGAGAAGGCAGAGGAAUUCUCUAUCCCCUUCCAAGUGGAGGAGGCUGAUGAUGUGUCCCCAGGCACCAAGGGACUUGUUGAGGAAGAGGAUGGUGACAGAGACACUGAUGUCACAUCCUCGGUUCAUCAGCAUCAAAAGACCAAGCAGCCCUGGGGAAACAUAACUCACGUGGAAGAAGUGACAGAGGCAGGUGACUCAGGAGAGCAGAGUUAUUUUGUGUCCACCCCAGAUGAGCACCCCGGGGGACAUGACAAAGAUGACGAAGGCUCGGUGUAUGGGCAGAUCCACAUUGAAGAAGAGUCCACCAUCAGGUACUCUUGGCAAGAUGAAAUUGUGCAGGGAACUUGGAGAAGGAGAAAGAAGGAUGACAUGGAUGGAGAGAAGGAGGUGAAGGCCUUGGAUGUUCCAGUCUCCUCCCUGGGUGGGCAGUUGGGUUCUGCUCACUGGAAGGAAGAGGCUAGUGGUGAGUUACAUGCGGAACCCACAGUCAUUGAGAAAGAAAUCAAAAUACCACAUGAACUCCACACCUCAAUUAAGGGUGUCUUUUCCAAGGAGCCUGCCCGGCACCAGUUGGUGGAGGUUAUCGGGCAGUUGGAAGAAACCCUUCCAGAGCGCAUGAAGGAGGAGCUGUCUGCCCUGACCAGGGAGGGCCAAGGUGAGCCAGGGAGUGUCUCCGUGGAUGUAAAGAAAGUCCAGGCCUCUGAUGGUGGCUCUGUGACCUUAGUUGCUGAGGUCAACCUCUCACAAACGGUGGAUGCUGAUCGGUUAGAUCUGGAGGAGCUGAGUCGUGAUGAAGCUGAUGAAAUAGAGAAGGCUGUGGAGUCGGUGGUAAAAGAGAGCUUGACCAAGCCAGCAGGCCACGAGCCUGGAAGCCCAGACAGGGAAGAUGGAGCGGAGGUACCAGCUGGUGGCAUGCUCAUUAAGCGCUGGCCCACCAGGGAACUGUACAGCCCAUCUGGGGAGAAGGAUGGUGUCAGCUGGGCCUCUCACAGCACAGAGAACCCCACGGCCCAGGGCCCAGUGCCGGCCACCGUGGAAGUCAGCAGUCCAAGGGGUUUUGCACAGUCUCACGUGCUGGAGGAUGUAAGCCAGUCUGUAAGGCACAUUAGACUAGGCCCCAGUGAGAUCUGGCAGACUGAGCAGGUCUAUGGAGGACCCACUGCACAGGUGGAGGAGGUAAGUGGGGACCUCAGGCAGGCAGUCAGCUCGGCAGGAGCCAGCCGGUCUGUGAGGCACUUCACAUUGGGUCCCAAUCAAAGUCAAGUGUCCACAGAAGUCAUCUUCCAAGGCCCUGUCCCUGCCUGGCAGGAUGCAGAGGGCACAGAAGAGCCUGGUUUGGCAGAGCUGUCUGCAGAUGCUGACAGAUCUGGGCAGCACAGCACAUUUGGCUCUGAGCAGUUUCAUGCCAAAAAGGAAAUUAGUUUUCAGGGUCCCAUUUCUGGGUCAGUGACAGUUGGUGGUAACUCUGCAACUGAAGAGUCAGUGGCUACCCACACUUCUGUCAGGCACCUCCAGUUAGGCUCUAAAGAAGGGUUCAGACAGCAAAUCCAGUUCAUAGCUCCCCUCCCAGACAAACUCAGCGAGGAGUUUGUGCACACUGAAGAGUCACCAGGGAGUGACACAUCCAUCAGGCACAUUGACACUGGGCCUCAGAGGAGCCAAACCACAGAGCAGAUAGUUGUCCAGCCUGUGGAAUUUAGUGACUCAGGAGGCACUAUCCACAGGGAGGGCUCUGCAGACAUGACCCAGGCCACUCAGAGUUAUGCCUCAGGUAGGAAAAUCCUCAUGACCGAAAAGAGUACAUCCCAGAGUGUUGUUUCUAAAUCUUCUCAGGAGGAUAGUGUGGGGGACACAGAGGCAGAAGUGACAUCAGGCAUUAGCAGAUCCUUUAGGCACAUUCAGCUAGGUCCUAUGGAGACUGAAACCUCUGAACACAUCGUUGUCCGUGGACCUGUGUCCAAAACAUUUGCACUUGCUGGCUCAGUGGCCUCCCCUGAGCUAGGUGAGACAGCUGACAGAAGUAGCACACUGAGGCACAUUGCACCAGGGCCCAAAGAAACUUCGUUUACCUUUCAGAUGGAUGUGAGUAACGCAAGGGCGAUCCCCAGCUGGACACAAGAGGGAAGGAUGAAGGCAGAAGCUCACAGUGGGUCUGACCAUGGUGGCUGGAGAGCCGCUGACAGUAGGAAUGACCAAGAAGCUGGCAGGAACUUAGAGGCUUCUGCUGGGGAUGGACACCAGGACCAUGGAGAGAAGGGUGCAGAGCAGGCCGGGUUUGACAAGAUGGUGCAGCUACAGAGAAUGGUAGACCAAAGGUCGGUGGUUUCAGAUGAAAAGAAAGUCGCCCUCCUCUAUCUAGACAAUGAGGAGGAAGAGGAUGGACAUUGGUUUUGAUAAGCUGAAAUCUUCAGUUUUAUAUGACAUCUUAUUUUAUGGGGUGGAGGAGGCUCCUUUUUAAAACCUCCUCUUUUUUCAUUUUCUCUAGAGAGAAUUUCAGGCAAUGCCAGGUUACUUUAAAGUCAAUCUAUAAAAGUUUUAGAGUAAUCCAUGCCUUUGAAGGCUUUGGAAUUUUAUUUUUAAGUUGGAACUUUUGCAAAAAACACUUGUCUUUUUAGUUUUAAAAAGUUCCUUUUUCUGAAGUUUUCUUCCCACUGUUAAGAUAAUUUUUACAAGUUUUGCACCUGGUCACAGACAUGGUUUGCAUCUGUUUGAAGCUAUAAUUAAUUCUCUGUAGGUAAGAUGCCUAAACAUUAACCAGAUUAAUAUAUAUAAGAGUAGAUUUCAUUUGCACGUGCUAAUAUGAAAUAAUAAACUAAUAUUUAAGGGAAAAAUAAAUACAUUUUUCUCUUUCCUAGGUCUUUUCAAAAAGAAAUCAUAGGAAAUAAGCAAGACCGUAUGUUAAAAAAACCUACUAAAUGAUUUCUUUAGGAAAAGUUACUUGUUAGAGAUUUAAAUUCAUUUUAGGACUUGAAUGAAUUGCUUUCUGUGUUGAAAAAGUAGAGUUAUUUCUGGAGAGGACAGCUGUAGUUGGCUGUGGUAUUUUGAAUUCACGCACCUGCUAUGUUUGCACAGGUUCCCUUGCCCUGUAUUCAGGGCAGGGGAAUUGCUUACAGUACCACUUCUUUUGCACGGUACUAGGUGUUAAGGUAGCACAGUCUGAAUUCUCUUGUUUGUUCUGACCUAAGCUCUGGAGUAGCCAGCUCUUUUCAGUCUGCACACUCGAGUUUCUCCAGACCUUGGCUCCUAGCACCAGAACAAGACCCUGCUGACAGCAGGUACAGUAUUGAUGCUCAGGCUGCAGCUGGACUGGCAGGUUGGUUGUGACAGGGACAUAGAAAUACAAGGUGGACUGUAGCUCCCAAAGAAGCCAUUCUUAACCCACCACUCAUGGGUUGGGUUGGAGGUCUUUCUGAGCCUGAAGAAUGAGGGUGAAGAAGGGUGAGUAACUAUGCAGGAACCUCAUGGAAGCUUUUUGCAUUUCCACAGAAAUCAUGAGAGUGGGGGUGUUUGGUCUAGGGAAGCAUGGAAUCCAUUAGCUAGAAUAAGGUAUUUUGGAGAAGGAACUGUGUGCCUCCCCUGCAGCCCAGCACUGAGGCACCCAGGAUAGACCCUGGAGGAUGCAAAAGCCCCACUUUCACAGGCCAUAGAACGUGGACCUUUGAGUUUAAGAUAUUAGGAUGAGUGUGCUCAUUUGGAUUUGUGUCACCUUACACAUGGGUAUUGUUUUUAAAAAGUUUCCAUCUUUAAAGGUGUAGCAUCACAUAAAAAUAGCAUCUCUAGUUGCACGGCAUUAUUUUAGUCCCAGCCAGCUGCUUUCACAUUAUGUUGUCUGAGCUGUGCUUCCUGUAACACAGGAUCAUAGACCUGACUGUAGUGCACUGGGAAGGAAGGAUCCGAGGCGAAGCCACCUUCAGCUAGGUUAUGUCAGUGGUGGCAGGGGUAUGGCACUGUAGAGUCCCCCUCUCUGCCUCACACAGUAUGCAUCCCCUCUGGUUCCAGAGAGCCGAUAAGUGGAGGAGAAACACAGUAUGGUUUUCAAGACGAUCUGUUUUAAAAACCACUGUGAAUCAGAGUAUAGAAAGGAAGUUGAUUUGAUUGGAAGACUUACAACUUUUGUUAUCCAGCCACCAAAUGAAGUAAUUAUUAUAAUCUGAUAUGGAGGUGACUGCUUUACAGAGGCUUGUCAUCUGUAACAUGGUCAAAGAUGUGAUUUAUUUUGCUGUAAUUGGCAGUGAUAUUUGUGUAAGUGAUUUAUUAGAAUUUAGUUAUGGUGACAGCCUCCUGUUUGAUGACAAGACACAGACACAGUGAGGAGUCUAUAUGAGUCCAAGUGGGCUUUGCUAGGUGUCACUACCCGUAACUCAUGGGCUGGUAAACGGAUGCUGAUGUGAACAGGUCAAGAAUAUCAUGACUUCUACUUAUUUUGGGAAAUAAACAUCUUAAAUCUCAAUUUCCAAGUUGGAAUGCCUAUCUUUGAGGAAAUACUCUCCUUGAAGUAUGUACCAAUAUGGAGUCAUGAGCUGUCAUUGAUUACUAAGUGUCUGGGUCACCCAGGAGUAGGGCUUGCCCUCAGUAUUGUGGCAGGUUACCCCAAAGCUUAAAAAUAGUCCUUAAAACAAGUCAUUCUGGAGGCAGGAGAAGUCAGCGUUGUGGUUGGGUAGGGCAGGAACACAACCAUUCUUUUCCUAUUUAUUAUUCUUUAGACAACAGGAUUCAUUGACUGUUUCUCAACUUCCCACCGGUUGUUUUGAUGGUUUGUUUAAGAUGUAUAUUUAGAAUGAAGUUAUCUAAGAAACUGAUUUUGCUAACCUCCCUGUUCCCUACAAAAGGAAAUGUCACAGAAUGUUUGGAAAUAAAAAUCUGAGGGAAAAAAAAAACCCAUCUUUGUUCCUAAAGAGAGUGAAUGUUUACUAAUCGAUUUUGGUGUGGUUUCUUUAAAACGCUAAUGAAAGCAGACAUGAUUUUACAAGCAUGUUUUUUUUUUAUAAUAACACAGAAUUGCUGGGGAGAAUAUAUAUGAAAAGUUCCAGUCCUCUAAUUCCUCACCCAAAUCAGAAUUCAGCAUUGUAGGCACAACCAGAUGCAUGGCAGACAGAGCGUAAACCAACUAGCUUGUGCUAAAAAUGUCAUCACAGCCUGGAAGACUAGUGCCCACAGGAUGUGACCCAGUCAUCCCAUUUUGCCCAGGAUGGAGGGGUUUCCUGAGAGGAUUCUUAGUGUUAAAACCAGAAGUCUCCUGGGAAAUACCAGGACAUUUGGUUACCUUAGGUGCAAUUUGGAAGGUUAAUCAUGGCCAUUUCUUCGGAUCUUGAAAACAUUGUGGUAGCUUGAGACAAAGGAGUGGAUAGAUGUCUUUACCUAUUUGGAACUUUUUAGCCUUUUACCAACAAAAAUAAAAACAUGAAUGGCCGUA